CGUCAUCGCCACCAGCGUCACAACGUUCUCUUGCCUCUCGCCGUCACCGCGUGUACCGUCCAGACCUCCUCCAUAGACUCUCGCUAUCCGCUAGUUGCUUCAUCAUCAUGUCUUACCGCGACCCCUACGCUGGACAUCGUUACAACGCCUCGGAAGACUACAAUCCUUAUUCUGGCACUGCGCAGCCGCAUCCGACCUACGAGCAGGGCGGCUACGAGACGUACGGGAAUUAUGGGGCUGAGGGAUACCGGGACGAGCCGUUCGAUCCCAAUGCGCAGGCUACCCACCAGCACACCUAUUCGGGAGCGCCAGUUCCGCCACCCAAGGACGAGGACCAGCGAAGCGGGUUCGACCGUGACGAGUUCACGAAUGAGAAGCCAAGGAAGCGGUACGGAGACACCGAUGGCAGUAUGUGGACGAAGGGCGGACGAGGGCGAUGCGUCGGCCGGUUCUGCUGCUGCACGCUCAUGACUGCUGUCUUCCUCAUCCUGAGCAUCUUGUUGGCACUCGCUCUGUGGGUGCGGCCACCUAACGUUGUAGUUGGUGACCUGGACACAACGUCUGGCAGUGGCGGGAGUGUAGUCCAGUUCUCCUCCGACGGCCUGAAGAUCAAUCUUGCUGUCAAUAUUUCUGUCACCAACCCCAACUACUUUUCAGUGGCGCUGAACAAUGUCAAAGCGACUCUCAAAUAUCCCAUCAACGGCGAGAAGGAGGAUGUCGGCGGUGGCACCCUUGACGACGUCGACUUCCCCUCGCACUCCACGAAGGACAUCAAGUUCCCGUUCUCCAUCGACUACAAGUUGACGGAUGACCCGAACUACACGAUCCUCAAGGACCUAGCCUCCAAGUGCGGGCUGGGUGGGUCAACGAGCGACAUCACGGUGGACUACACGAUCAAGAUUGGCGUCCGCUUCCUGUUCAUCAACGUCUCGCCUUCCAUCUCCAAUUCCUACUCGUUCGCUUGCCCAAUCGAUACGUCCAACAGCGGCGAUCUAGAGGAACUGCUCAAGGCGGCUGGGAUCGAUAUAAAUGACUUGGGAGGACUGCUUGACGGUUCAUCGUAAGGCCUAUCGCCUCGUAAUGUAACGAGGUGUGCUCUCGUUAUCGCAUUUGCUGCGUGUACCAUUGUACCGUCCACGGACUAUUCACUUGUACUCAACGGACAACUAUCCAUGACUUUCAUGCUACAGUACUAAAAAUGCAUCUAUUCGCUCUUUGGACUGACCCUCA